GUUACUUGGCUUAUCUCCAUAUUUCUAUGUUGGGUAUCUAUACGUACAAGACAUUAUAUUGGGAAAAUCGCUAUUGUGAUCGCUCUGCUUAUUACCAUUGUUUUGUUAUGUCUUCCUAAAGGAGGAGAAUCAGAGCCGAAUUCAUCCAUUAUUUAUGAUGAAUCAUUUAUUCCUCGUUACACCAUUCUUACAGUAUUGUUAUUAAGCCUAUGUGUUGGUGUUGUUUAUACUUUCAUUCAUGUAUGCUUUACCCCUGUGGAAACCAUAAAGAUAAAAAAGUUUGGUUCAAUAAACUAAUUAGUGAACAUGUGUAGUGCAAUGUGUCAAAGCCUAAGGUCGCCAGUACGUAGAUUGGCUAAUUUGAAAAGGACUAAAUAUAUUUCUACGUCUGUGGUGCACAAUGAAACUAUAUUGGUUAAGAAUAAUGAGGAAUUUGUAAAUAAGGUAAUGAACAGCAGUAAAGCAGUGAUAGUAAACUUUCAUGCUGAAUGGUGUGAGCCAUGCAAGAUCUUGACUCCGAAGCUCAAGGAGCUGAUAGAGCCCAUCAGUGACCUGGACCUUGCUAUUGUUGAUGUGGAAGAGAAUGCUGACCUUGUGCAUACUUUUGAGGUGAAAGCUGUACCAGCUGUUAUAGCCAUAAAGAAUGGUCUCAUUGUAGAUAAAUUUAUCGGUCUGGUUGAUACAGAUAUGAUAAACAACCUCAUAGACAAAAUGUCGAACAAGCAGAAACCUUCAUAAAGUGUCAUACACUUACUCAAAGGACUUGUCUCGUUUUUCUAUGGAGUGUGUUUUUUUUUAAUUUUGCGGUCACUUAACAAAACCAAACUACGAUACCAUAUGAAACAUUAAAUUAAGUAAUCUAAAAUAGCUACUUCAAUAAUUUUAAACAUCUGCGUUUUUGUUAAAUUAAAUAUUAAAGCUGCUACUAUUGUAUUUAAUAUAGAAACAUUACAAAUUAAAAAUAAAUAGAAUUAAUUACUAGCCUUAUUAUUAUUAAACAUGGUAUUUAUGUUAUCUGCCUUCAUCUGUCAACGCCAAAACGUAAGUUUAGCAAAAAGUCCAAAAAAAUUUUUUUUUAUAUUAACUGGCUCCGUCGACUGAAUGUCGACGAUUCGGCCAACGUCAAGGUGGAGAGAUUUCUUAUUUUAAUUUAGCUGAAGGAAGUAUAUAAAGAGCUGAUUUAAAAGGAAAAAUAAAAUAAAAAGGAAAAUAUUUGGAUGUUAGUGAUAUUCAAAUAUUCAAAUGUUUUUUUUUUUUGUGAAAACGCAGGUGUUUGAAUUUGUUUUAAUCAUCAAAUAAGGCUAGAUUUAAAGGCUUUUAUAUAAAAACUUUCAAUUAUAAAAGUUUAAAAAAUAAAAAUACUAAAAGACCACUUACGGACAAGUCUUUUAAACUCACUGUAUGGAGUCCUCUGUUAAAAAGUCUAAAUAACUUGCCAUAUUAAAAUUUUUAUUUUUACAAAUUAUGUUUUUUAGGUACGUAAUAGAUAAUUUUAGCUUGUCUAUGUAAAGUGUAAAUAUAAGCGUGAUAGAUUUUUGACUUACAAAAUUACCCACAGUAUUGCAAUUAAUUCCUCAAAAAUAGUCUAUAUUAGUCAAAUUAAAACGCAAAUUUUUAAUAUUUCACUCAUGAAUAAAUUUAUAUUGCAUAUAAUAUUAAUAUAUUAAAAAAAAUAUACUAUACAUAAAUACAUACCGUGAAAUAAUUAAUACCUGUAAAAUAAUAUAUAUCUGAACCCCCAACCUUGUGAUUUUCGUUAUUUUUUUUAUAAGUCAAUGGUAUAUUUUAUUUAUUUACAGCAUCACAAAGUUUUAAUAUAAAUAUCCGGACGACCGAGCCUUGCUCGGAUUUUUAAGAAUGUACAAAACUUGAACAAAAAAAAACUAAUAGGACUUCUGGAUUCGAACCGGGGUCUUUAAAUAGGUAAUAUUUACUAUUUACUUAACAACGCCAUCUGCUGUUGUGUCGUUAAAGCAACCAAUUGGUUGCUCACAAAAAAUAGUAUUAUUAUUCGCCAAUAGAUGUCAGGAAGAGUCAUAUUUUUCAGUUGAGACUACUCAAACGGCUCCUUUUUGUUAUUUUUCUUCCAAGUUUAUGUUUAAGUUGAUUAUCGAUAAAACACGAAUAAAAUGACAUUUUCUAAAAAUGAUUCCUAGCUAGAUCGAAUUACCGCCCCCGAAACCCCCUAUAUACUAAAUUUUAUGAAAAUCGUUGGAGCUGAUUCCGAGAUUCCAAUUAUAUAUAUAUCAUAUAUAUAUAUGGUUUUCAGAGAACAUUGAAAGCUAGGACGAAUUAUGGACUCAAAUAAGUGCCAGCUUAUCACAGUUAUAAAUCAAAUCAUGACGUGAUUUUCGCACGAAUCCGAAUUUCAAAAUAUACUCUUUAAUUAAUAAUGGAACAAUCACAAUACUAGAAGUUAGGAAGUUCAUUGAGAAUAGCGCCAUCUAUGGGGAAAAUUUGUACUAAUCGAAUAAUUUCUAAUCUUUCAUGAUUUUUUUAUGUGCUGUAUUACGAUUCUUACCUCAUUCUUAACUUUAACAGAUUAAUAAAUAACUGUAAAUAUAAUUAUUAUUAAUACCUGUGUUAUCUACAUAUCUUGGCUUCAGCCUGCCUUCUUAGUGUUUGAUAAGAAAUUCAGAUUUAUAUUUCGUAUUAAGUCCUGAAAUGAGUUAUUAAAAGCCUUUUUUUACAUAUGGAUAUUUAUUUAGGGUUUUAGCAAACAUUUAUUAUCAUUAACAAAUUUAAUGAAGUUGAUUGUAGCAACUAAUUAAAUAAAUAAAUUAAUUAAAUUUUCACGUUCGGAAUGAGUUGAGUUAUCCAAAUGUUUUAAGUUUUCUUUAGUGUUAAUUCCGCCAAUAUUUGUCUUUAAACAAUUCGACACGUGCUUAGCCCCUACACGAAAGUCUCAUGCCAGAGUUUGGCGAGUCAACAUCUCCUGAGGGUGCCUCGUGAAAAAGACAAAUAUUUUCGGAACAAACCCUAAAGAAAACUCAAAACAUUUGGAUAACUAUGGAUUUAUGCAAAGUAACGCCUACUUCAUUAAAUUUUCAUAGGUUGACAUUUUGUACCAAUAGUUUUUCUAACAAAAGUUUUGUAAGUGUACAAAUAUUUUGUAAUUAUUCAGUGAUAGAAUGUAGCUAAUUUAAAUAGAUCGAUUAAUUUGACUUUACAUUUAGUAGAGAACGUUUGAAUUUAGCUAAAGCAUUUUUGAAUAAAUUGAUUUAUUUAAAAUAAAUAAGUUUCAUACUUACCUGUAAUUUAUGUCUAGUAGUUUAUUAUUAUUAUAGAUUUUGCUUAAAAUAUUUUGUGACAAUAAUGUCUAUACGAUUAUUAUAUUAGUAAUUUAAAUAGAACAUAAAAUAACUGAUGUUGAUAUUUUUUUGAUAUUCGAUUGUUCUUUAUUGCGAUUCCUGGUCAUUAUUAUACCUAAUACUUAUAAAACAGUACUUACAUAGUAGCUGAGGAUACAAAUAAAACAUGUAAAGUAUUUAUCUUAUAGUAACACGAUUCGAAUCAUAUUUUAAUCAUAAUAGUAGAUCCACGGACGAGUAAAAAAGAAGGACUCCGCGCCUGGAUAUUAGCAAGUGAAGCAUCGUCAGAAGGUUGUCGCCCUUCGUAGCCAUGGCAACGUGGUAGUUUAUUCCACCCACGUCGUUGUGUCACCUUCGUAGCUCCUCAGAGCGCCUUUUGGGGAGAAUAUAUUGCUCAGGGGGUCUAAAUUACUUUGGAAGUGUCGCUUGUUUUAUUCUUGAGACUUCCAUUCUUCGUCUUGAUAUUGAAGUAUUCUGGAACGCACUUCUAUCGUUGUAUUUUUAUAAAUUUUACAAUAUACCCUGUAGUUAAUAAUAGUAAUGAUAAUAUAUUAAUUUUACGCCCUUUCUAAUAGAAUCACUUAGUAGGUCAUAGAAUAAUUAAUGAUAACAGUAUAAAAUCACGGACGAGUAAAAAAAGGACUCCGCGCCGUGAUAUAGUGUGUGUGCGGUUACGGGGGAUACUAGUUACACAAUUAUUUCUCCCUUAAAUAAUCAUAUAUAUUAUAUAUAUAUUAUAUAUAUAUAUAGCCACAAAUACUUAUACAGUAUCGUUUUUACACAUUUUCACAACGCACGACGGCAGUUUUAAAAUAUUUUAUUGAGACGCAAACUGAUCUGUCACAGACGAUGACAAUUCUCAUAAUGGCCGCCUAUCGGCCUGUAGUAGUGUAAGUGUGUGCGUGGGGCUAUGUAUUUACACGUUAAUCGGCUUCUUUUGGUGCUAUACUGUUGUGUAAGGUGACACGGAGUCCUUAUUUUUUUACUAGUCCGUGAGUAGAUCUUUGGUAAUAAAAUAUAGAACUACAGAUUUUUGAAUUAUUGAGUGUUGUGAUUUUGAAGUGUAAAACUAUUUUUAACCUCUGAGCUUAGUAACUUGUAGAGUAGACCAAACUUAACUUUGUGUAACGGCGGGUCCACUGUGGAUGUGUAUAUACCUCCUGUAGUGAUAGAGCUUUAUUUAUGUACGCGCAGGUGCCCUGAUGUGUAUUCCAGACUAAAGUUUAUGGAACUAUAAAAUUUGGUGUUAAAUGAAUCUAUACUGGAAAUAUUUUCACUAUGCCAAUUUACGUGCAGUUAGCUCAGUACAGAAUUAAAAAAUAAUAUAUAUUCCAAUUACUACUCGAUUACAAUAUUUUUGGACCUGACGUCCUUUGGUACGGUGUGCAAAACAAGCAUCACUAGGAUAUUAUUACGAAUAAAUAAAUAAAAACAUUUAUUUUGUCAGUAUUAUAGAUUGAUGUAAAGGAUGUGUUGUGAUGCCAAUUAUUUUUAUUAAUAUUAUAAUGAUGAAAAUAUUUAUGAAAGAAUUCUUUUUAUUUUUCUGCUAAAACUAUUAUAGCGACACAGAACAAUAGAAACUACAGAACUAUUAACAACAAAAGUCAAAACGUAACAAUGAAGACUUCAAAAACAAAGCACGAAAAUAUCACGACAUGUACCUAACGAUAGUUAAACUGCAAACCGUACUGAGGCUACAGGACGAGCGAGGGGGUAAAAGGGGAAGGAGGGGCCUUCACGAGGUCCAGAGAUAAAGUAGCUGUGUAGUACUAGGAAUUUGCGAAAAACCCUUUUGCCUUUCUAAAAUAAACGCGUCUUUUUGAAAAUUGAAAACUCGAAUUCAAUGAGUAAUCAAGAUUGUUACACACGCCAAAUUUCCACGAUUCUUUAGCGGUUUGUAAAUUAUAUUUUGAAAUAUAAUCUUUAUGUUAUAUUUCUGAUUACUUUAGUCUGGGAUUUGCUCGGUAUGAAGCUAAUGCUUAGAUUAAAGUUACCUAAAUGUAAAUGUAGGUACAUAACCCGACAUACGUCCAACUUCUGUUAUCCUGGUGUUUUAGUGAUUUAUGUGUUAGUUUUAAGCGUUUCACAAAUAUAAAUAUAUUUUCUUGCA